AUGGCGAGUACAGAUAUUACCUCUUUUAGAAAUGCAUGCUUAAAUAAUUAUAAGCAUCCAGAAGAUCUGACUGAAUGUAUGACAAUGGAAGGCCAGCCUUAUAUACCAUACAAGCUAGCUAAGCUUUACAUUACUAAGAUAGUGACCGAUAUGGAACAACUGAAACUUAAACAUAAGAAAAUCAUCAAAGAGAUUCAAGCCAGUGACAAACAAAAUCAGGACCAGGCAAUUCUUGCUCUUAGAAAACAUUAUCAGACAAAAAUGAAGAACCUAAAGCUCGAAUUAGAAGCAUAUCAUGAUAUAAAUGAAAAGAAGCAUAAAGAAUUUCAAAAUAAAAUUAAGGAUAUGGAAAAAGAAAAGGAACACCUGAUUCAAGAAAAAGCUUCUAUUUUAUUUCAGCUUAUGGAGUUAAAAGAGCAAAUGGAAUGUGAGAAGAGCAGCAAAGAAGAAAUUAAAAAGACAGAAUAUCUGCAAUUAGAACAUGCCAAAAACUUUGGCGGAGGGAAAUUUAAGAAUUGGAUAAAACACACUCAACUAACACAUUACAUCACUACAUGCCCACAUAAAUCAGACCUGCUCCGUCCUCUAACCCCCUUUGAAGCAUUAUGCCUAAACAACAUAUUAGUCAAAAACUCAUUAUCACUAUCUCGAAAAUGCACCCAAGCCUUAGACCAGACAUCAGAUGGCAGCAAGACCUAA